AUGGAGUCGUUCUGCCCGAACUUGUUCCCCAUACCCGACCACUUCCCGAGCCCCGAAUCUGCACUCCAUCCGGCCGAACGUCCCGGUCAAUUCCUCCCCCUUUGCCCCCAAUCCGGCAGUCCGGGCCCUCGUCUCGAGGUCAACGCCCACCGUCCCCCGGAACCAUCAAGGUGCCCGUGCGGCCCGGUGUCUCCACUAUUCUCCUUCUCUCCGAGGCCAUCGCCGAAACCGUCGGACUUAGGAAUUCUGGAGAAUGGGACGGGACUGGCAGGGAGGCACGCGACGAAGCCCAUCCAGCUGCCGGGAAUUUCCGCCAUCAACCUUCCUACAUCAAAACAUGUGGUGGCUGCUAACAAGUUGGAUGCCACAACCGCCUCGGCCAAUUACGGCCUUCUAGUAACCAUCGCCUCGGCUCCUGUCAACCACUCCCCUUACUUUGUCCUGUCGCUCAUCUGCUCUCCUGACCUUCCAACCUGGCACCUCCAUACCGCACAUGGCCCAAGACACACUCCUAGCGUCGUCUCCACAGCUAUCAUCCAGAGAUGGGACUGCACUCUCAGCACAUGCUCGAAGCUGAUGGCCGAGGAGAAGAAGGGUCCCCAAGCGGCUCAUCGGCAACAUCAGGUGAAGAGGGAAGAUAAAAAGAGGAGGCGCCGAUGGGAUGGUAUGGGAUGGGAUGGGGGUGGUCACUGUGCCUUGUGGUGGAUACUGAAGCCGACGGCCAAGAUGAAACAGGGUUCGUGUCUGACUUACAAGCUCACACAGGAGAAUGUGGGCCAAGACCUCCAGAGAGCCGAGACUGAGAGGAACUCGAAUCCAGAGGCCUCGCAGACGGAGCACCACCAUUGCACCAGCAACCGCCUGUCGUGGUGCGGCUGCCAAAACCCCACGGUUUCCAACAUCAUGCAAUUCCUCACACCGCGGAGUGUUCGCUUGCGUGCCGUCUUAUCCUCGCGAGCUUACGCAAACCGCGGCCCCCCCUCAUCGUUUGAUCACGAACAAUGUCCGUCGGACAGCGCGCUUAAGCGCAUGACAUGGACCCAGUGCGGCGGCAGCGAGCUGAACCCGCUGCAAACUCGCACCAUUGAAAGGUCUCGACUGAGUCGACCGAGGACUCUCGACUCAUAUCUUGCAAUCCACUUUCGUUUCGUCGAUGGUGUAGCGAAGCUAGCUCGUCAAGUUGAAAGGUCAAUGGGCCCCAUCAUCAUGAUCAUCAUCUACCUCCAAACGAAUAGGGUCGAAACGGCCGGCAGUGUGAUAAGAGACAGAGGGUGGAGAGGGGGAGAGAGGAAGGAAGCCAAGCUGAGAGCCUUGGGCGGGUGCCAUCCAUGCAUCCAUCGCAAGGCGCGGCGGCUGCACACCCGAGCUCUUGGUAAGAAGAUCGUGAAGCUUGGCAGGCGAGACAUCGGGGUAGCCAAGCCGCGGAGGAUUUGUCAAGCGAGCGUUGAUCCCAGCAACUAUGGCAUGCCUUCUCACUACCCAGGAACGAAAUCUGUUUGGAUCCUUCAACAGAUUCUCUGGGCAAAGACCUUGGUUGAAGAAGGUUUCCCGCAGCUUUGGACUUGUGAGGCAGAGCACGGUUGUUAG